AUGGCAGCCGCUCGCUUCCUUGAGCAGGUACUCCAUGUUCGGCCGUCAUGGAGGCCAGCAAAGAUCCAGUUCCAGCACCUCACCGUAGCCUGUUCCAACACGGUCUACAAGGUUGCGUGUGGGGAGGAGAAGCUGCUUUUGCGGGUUUACGGCUCCGACGAACACGGCCUCUUCCAGAGACCCCACGAGGUCUCGAGAGCUCGCUACGUGGCCUCCUGCGGCUUUGGACCCCAGGUGCUGCACACCUUCGAGGAAGGUCGCAUCGAGCAGUGGCUGGAAGGUCGAUCUCCGACCUACGAGGAAAUUCGGACGGAGGAGAGCAUCCGUCGAAUUGCCUGCAAGCUGCGCGAGUUCCACGACAGGACUGGCCUGAACCACAACGACCUCCACCACAAUAACAUGUUGAUGACCGAGCGAGAGCUCCACCUCCUAGAUUUCGAGUAUUCAAACUCUUUGGAUCCAACCUACGAUAUCGCCAACCACUUCAACGAGUGGAUGUAUCCGUACUCGGGUCCGAACCAGCACCUCUACCAACUCGGGCUGUACCCGAGCUUGGCACAAAGGAGGCUCUUUUGCUCCUACUACCUCGGAAGCCCGCGUGGCAAGGGGGCCGUCGUGGACGACUUCCUCGCCCAGGUGGAGAAAAGGCGGCAGGACUCCCACGAGUUCUGGGUGCGCUGGGCAGACAGUACCCCAAGCAGCUUCAACAGCGCGCAGGAAGCUUCUGAACUGUCUCCGGCCUACUUGCGGUCCAAGCACCUCCAAGCUUUUGGCCGAAUCGCAGGAGCGGAGGGGCCCAGUGGCGGCGGCCAGCGGCAUUCGGCUCCUGAGGUGGGCCGCAACGUGGCGGAGGGCAUGGUGCAGACCUUCCGCACGCAGCGCGGCGACCCCUCUCUCCACGCCCAGUGUGCAGAGCGCCUGAGAGCGCAGGGCGCGCCUCAACUUGGCCUCCGCGCUUUGGUGGUGAAGGCCUCCAAUGCACCAGUUGAUGGCGCGAGAAGUCUCACCAAUUCGACAUUUCAGCCACCGAGCAAUUGGAUCUUCAGGUUCUUCGCUCUUCGCGUGAUCAGCAACGUGGUCUUUCUGCUCAGACACGAAAAGAGCGCCGUCAAAGCUACGGCCCAGCGCCGCAAGGGCCGCCGCAUGGCCCUGGCCCUCACUCCGUCGGCAGCGGGAGUGACGGGGUACCUCGGCUGCUUGCUUCUGGCCUUGGUGCAGGCAGUCGAGGAGUCGGAUCUACUUGGCCUGGGCCUGGUGCCAGGUUUCGAACUUCUCUCCAAGCGAAAACCCCCCCGCCUUGCUGCCAAGAUGGCGGGGCAAUGGUGGUCGCGGUCAGUGCUGCUGGGGAACUCAGCCAUGGACAUGCGGGCAGGCAGGGCAGCGUGGCCGGCAGGCCGCAAGCACAGAACGAAAGACACAAAGAAGAUCAUCUCUGAUCCUUCGACCCAGGCCAGUCAGGCUCUUGACUCCGCAUCUACGCCGGUGGCUGAGGGCGCGUUGGGGGCUCCAGCACCCGCUCCUCCCUCUGCUUUCGUGUCUGCGGACACGCUGACACCGCCACCGGGCGUUCCGGGCCUACUCGCCUUCUCGAGCAGAGUAGGCUUCAUCCAUCGAGCACCGGUCACGCCCUUGCAAGCCUCUGCCACCGCACCUCAGCCCAGAGAGAGUGGCAAGAGCAAGAAAGCGCGAAGCACGCCGACACCGACUCCGCAGGUGCAGCACCGCAUUGCUGCCUCCACACUGGCCCUGCUUCUGCUAGCCAGCGCGUUUCUCGGCUUCCUGGUAGUCUGGCGUCAAGCGAAGGUCCUCCUGAACAAGCCCCGGGGCGACUUCCGCGAAGAGGCCGCCAGUGAGGAAAGGCGGCGCCUCGAGGCACGCUCUGAGGCAAGCGAGGCUCGAGGCGCCGGCUCCAGCCAGGACAGGAGCCCAGCAAACGCUGCUCUGAGCGCAGGACGACGAGUUGCGUCUCUUGCUUCUGCAAGCUCGGGAGAGGACUCGCCGAGAGGUCGAGAUCCGGAUAGCCUUCAGGCCACAGCCAAGGCUGUCUCUGGGCCCUCUGCGAGCAGUGAGCGCUUGGAGACGGAGCCAGAGGAGUUGGAGCAAGCGGAGGCGGAUGCAGCAGGCGGCUACCGCAGGCCCUGA